AUGAAGACGAUAAUUAUAUUUUUUUUAUUUAUAUUGAAAAGUAUACAAGCUGAACCAUUACCAAUUGUGUUGUGGCAUGGAAUGGGAGACACAUGCUGUUAUUCUUUUAGCUUAGGAGCAUUCAAAGCAUUUCUUGAAGACCAAAUACCAGGUGUUUAUGUAAAUUCUCUUAUGAUUGGUGACUCCAUUAUAGAAGAUAUGGAGAAUGGUUUCUUUUUGUACCCAAAUAAACAAGUUGAUUAUGUAUGUGACAAGCUCUCUAAGGACCAACAUUUACACCAGGGUUUCAACGCCAUUGGAUUUUCUCAGGGAUCUCAGUUCUUCCGCGCUGUAAUCCAACGAUGUGGUGACAAGAUACCAGCAGUGAAGAAUUUCAUAAGCCUCGGAGGUCAGCACCAAGGAGUGUAUGGUCUACCUCAUUGUGGUGCUCUCCAGCAUCAGACGUGUGACUAUAUUAGGAAAUUGCUCAACUAUGGUGCUUAUUACAGUUGGCUCCAGAAGUCCUUUGUACAAGCGACGUACUGGCACGACCCGUUAAACGAAGAGGAGUACAAAAAAUACAGCGAAUUUUUGUCUGAUAUUAACAAUGAAGCUACCAUAAACCAGAAGUAUAUAGACAAUUUAAAUAGGAUAGAACAUUUUGUUAUGGUCAAGUUCGAUAAUGACACAAUUGUUCAACCCAAAGAGACUGAAUGGUUCGGUUUCUAUGCGCCCGGGCAGGCCAAGAAAUUGAUUACCUUGCAAGAAUCGGAUUUGUAUCUUAAUGAUCGCUUGGGCCUGCAGAAAAUGGAUAACGCUGGAAAAUUGGUAUUUCUCUCAGUACCAGGCGAUCACUUAAAAUUCUCUGAAGAUUGGUUCUUGGAAAAUAUUCUGACUCCGUACCUUGCUUAG